GAACAGGAAGAGCGAGAUAUGGGGACGGAGAUCACGUUUGUUGAUUUCCGCAAUACGCUUUUGCACACGGGCAUGGUGGAAAAAUUGGAAGUCAUCAAUAAGAAAAUGGCCCGCGUUGUCCUUAAACCCAACGCAAAGGUGUCCAAUACAACUGCGGGAUCUUCGAAUACCACAAAUGGACUCACGGCCUCUCCCAACUCCAACGGAAAGAAAGAAAAGUCCUUCUACUUUUUCAUUGGCAGCGUCGAAUCUCUAGAAGAAAAACUGACCAAGGCUCAGGCCCAUGUUCAUCCCGAAGACUGGGUUGAAGUUCAAUACAUGUCCCGGACCAAUUGGACGUUGGAGUUGCUCAAAUCACUUCCGAUGGUGGCCUUUGUAGCUGCAGUGUAUUUUGGAUCCCGUGGUUUGUCUGGAAUACCAGGAGCCGGCGCUGCCGGUCGGGGAGGAGGGGCUGGUGGGAUAUUUUCCAUCGGCAAAUCGACCGCCAAAAAAAUCACCAAAGAAGACGUCAGUGUGACUUUUGCAGAUGUGGCAGGAUGCCAACAGGCAAAAAUGGAAAUCAUGGAAUUUGUGGAUUUCUUACAAAACUCGGAGCGCUUCACAAAACUGGGCGCCAAAAUCCCAAAGGGCGCGCUGCUGUGUGGGCCUCCUGGAACCGGAAAGACGCUGUUGGCGAAAGCAGUCGCCGGCGAAUCGGGUGUGCCCUUCUACAGUAUAUCCGGUUCCGACUUUAUUGAAAUGUUUGUUGGUGUUGGACCGUCACGUGUCCGUGAUCUGUUUAAAGAAGCCAGAGCAAAUGCUCCCUGUAUUGUCUUUAUCGAUGAAAUAGACGCCGUCGGUCGCCAACGUGGACGUGGCGGUUUUUCCGGUGGUAACGAUGAACGAGAAAACACAUUGAAUCAGCUACUGGUAGAAAUGGACGGGUUUUCGCCGACAACCGGGGUGGUCGUUCUGGCUGGUACCAACCGAGCCGACAUUCUUGAUCAGGCAUUGACUCGUCCCGGACGCUUUGAUCGACAAAUAACCGUUGAUCGACCCGAUUUGCAAGGGCGCAAAGAAAUUUUUGAGGUUCAUUUGCGGGGCAUCAAAUUGGAAGGUGAGGUAAAAGAAUACGCGGGUAGACUAGCUGGGUUGACGCCCGGGUUCGCUGGUGCCGAUAUAGCCAAUAUAUGUAACGAAGCGGCGAUUGUUGCAGCGCGUCGCAAGGCCGAGUCCGUCACAAUUGUGGAUUUUGAAACGGCAACAGAUCGUAUUAUUGGCGGCUUGGAAAGCAACAAAAUCAUGAGCACGGAAGAGCGCAGUAUCGUAGCGCACCACGAAGCUGGACACGCUGUUGCUGGAUGGUUCCUGGAACAUGCCGAUCCAUUGCUAAAGGUUACAAUUAUCCCUCGAACGAGCGGUGCUCUUGGAUUUGCUCAAUACUUGCCAAGAGAAGUAUUUUUGCGCAGCCAAGAGCAAAUAAUGGACCUCGUUUGUAUGGCAUUAGCUGGACGAGCGGCUGAGGAGGUAUUUUUUGGACGCGUGACAACGGGUGCUUCCGAUGACUUACGACGGGUGACGCAGUUGGUCUACAGCACAAUCAAGGACUACGGAAUGAAUAGUCGAGUCGGUCAACUUUCUUUCCCGAGAGACGAUAAUGCCGGGCCGGGUGAAAAGCGAUACUCCGACUCGACGGCCGAAGCAAUGGACGACGAAGCCCGCGCCAUUGUAGACGAGGCCUACCAGCGGACUGUAGACUUGAUGACGGAGAAGAAAGCACAAGUUGAGAUGGUGGCCAACUUACUUUUGGAAAAGGAAACGAUUACGCACGACGAUUUGGUCGAUCUAAUUGGGGCCCGUCCGUUUCAGGGUGACAGCGCGUACCAGGAAUACGUAAGCGGUCGAGGGCCGAUGAAAAAGAAAGAGCCCCAAGAAGAAAUUGAUAAUACUGAGCUGGAUGGUGUUCUUACACCAGGCCUCGCAUAAGAAAAUAGUCUACGCGUUUUCGUUUAUAAAUCAAUGUACGUCUUUC